CAAAAAUGGCGAAUCCUCCGGGGCAACGAAGUAAGCCAGCGGACGUAAAUGUCCCUUCGAAACUACUCAGCAAAUCUGAAAAUGACCAAGUAGUUAACCUUCUUGGAAGCAGGUGUUUGACUUUGGCAACAGCUGUGGUGCAGGUGUUUCUGGCCCAACCUCCCAACUCCUGGACCAAAAGAUGCUGUGGUGUGGCUUGCUUUGUCAAGGACAAGAACCUACGCUCAUUCUUCAUCAGAGUUUACGAUAUUGUGAAUAGAAUGAAGCUUUGGGAACAGGAAUUGUACAACCAGUUCAAGUACAUUGUCGCAGAUGGCCAGCCUUUCUUCCACACUUUUGAAACAGACACAUGUUGGGCCGCCCUCAACUUUGCUAGUGAUGCUGAAGCCGGUGAUUUCAGCAAUGUCAUCGAAGUUAAGCUAAGGGCCAAGCAUAAGCGUGACGGAGUUAACAUCCAGCCAUCUCCGACAAUUAACACCACCACCACCACCACCACCACCAACACCAACACCGCCACCAGUAAGAAGAAAAACAAGAAAGACCAAGGGAAGAAAGCAAGGCUGAACAAGGCUGACAUUUCCUCGCCCAUUAAUUUUACUCAUGUCAAGCAUUUUGGACGGGGUCCAGAAAAUGGUGACGAUGAUAAAUUGAUGGACCAAGCCCUCCAGAACUGGUUGGAAACCCUCGGUCUAGAUGAAAGCGAAAUCCAGGGCAAGGAAAACGUGCAGUUCAUCAAUCAGUUUGUAGAUGAACAUGGAGGAAUAAAUGCUGUUAAAAAUAACAUGUCUCAGAGGUCAAGAAUGCCUGCCCCUCCACCCCCGCCCCCGUCUCCUGGCUCUGCUGCUCCGCCUCCCCCACCAGGCAACCGUGUUGCUCUCCUACCACCUCCCCCAAGCCGUGGUCCUGCACCCCCUCUCCCACCCUCAUCUCGUGGGGCACCACCCCCACCCCCACCCUCGCGCGCUCUGCCCCCGACGCCCCCCUCUAUGGCCCCACCCAGCAUGCUCUCCCGGCCUAUGGCAGCCCCGGCUCCUCCACCCCCAACCCCAUCUGGAGGGGGUGGAACACCAACCUCUCCACCACCACCAGCUGUUGGAGCCGCUCCGCCCCCUCCCCCUAUCGUAGAGGGAGGGGGGAGAGGCCGUAUAGAUGACAUCCACAAGGGUACUGCCUUUAAGCGUGUGGAUCCAGAUGACCAGACAGCUCCAGCCAGCAGUGGACGUGGGGCGCUUCUGGAUCAGAUUAGGGGAGGAAAAGCCCUCAAAAAGGUGGAUAUGUCCGACCGGGAGGCAGAAGUGGCCCCCAGCUUUUCUCAGGAUGACCUAGGGGCUUCACUGCUCAAUGCUCUACGGAUCAGAAACUGUGUCAUCCACUCUGAAGACAGUGAUGACGAUUCUGAUGAUGACGACUUUGAUGAUGAUGACGAAGAGUGGGAGUAA